AUGAAAAUUAGUCGAAGUGGACCAUCAAUCAAUCACAUUUUCUUUGUAGAUGAUUCCCUGAUUUUCUGCAAAGCUGAUACAAAUCAAGCUGAAGAGGUGCUGAGGAUAUUGGAAACAUCUGAAAAAGAUUCAGGACAAAUGAUAAACAUGGAAAAGUCUUCAGUUUUCUUUAGCAAGAAUGUGGCACAGGAAGAUCAAAAAGAAAUUUGCAACAGACUAGGAAAUUUAAAAAUGGUGCAUCAAGGAAAAUAUUUGGGGUUGCCAAUGGUCAUAACCAGAACCAAGGAACAAAUCUUUGGAUAUAUCAGAGACAAGUGCCAGAAAACUAUCUCUAAUUGGUGCAACAAGAAGCUUAGCCAAGCAGGAAAAGAGGUGUUACUGAAAGCAAUUAUCAUGGCUAUGCCAACCUAUGCAAUGUCCUGUUUCAAGCUUCUAGUGAAGUUGUGUAAGGAUAUACAUGCCUUAAUGGCAAGAUUCUGGUGGGGAGGGGAUAAUGAAAAAAGGAAAGUUCACUGA